GUUUGGUCUGGGUGCUGCUCCAGUUGACAUAUAAACUAAGUUGGCCGCCAUUGACUUCUCCUCUUUUGUUUCCUCAUCCACACUCACCACUCUAGCCUUCAAGACUCCGGUCAAUAUUCUCUUCAGUCGUUCAUUCAGAGCUGUGCUCGCUGUUCGCUUCACUCCUUCACAUUUCUGAACAUUUUUGAGCUGUGCUCUCAACUUUAAUCCUUUAAUUCUUGUUUUCGAGAACUCAUAUCUCUCCACCACCGACAAAAUGAAGCCUGUUACCUUCAUCAUCUCUGCUCUCGCCACCCUGGCAGUCGCCGCCCCGACGGCUCCCGCGGCUCCCGCCACUGACCUCGAGACGCGCGCUUUCGAGUUCGACAUCAACGCCUUCAAUGGCCUCAAGAACUUCAACCAGGUCAACCUGAACUACCUGCUCAACAUCAACUCCCUGCAGCUUGGCCUCCUCGGCAACCUGGCCAACGUCAACAACCUCAACAUCCUGCAGUUCCAGGGCCUCUUCCAGCAGCAGAACUUCGACCUUCAAGGCCUUCUCCAGCUGCAGUCGCUGCACACCUUCCUGCAGAUCCACCAGCUCGGCGUUCUCGGUGGAUUUGACCUCGCCUCGCUUCAGCUCCAGCACCUCAACCUUGGCCUGCUCAACAACGUCGGUGUUCUCGAUCUGCAGCAGUUCAUUUCCCCCAACGUCGUCGGCCAGGUCCAGACGGUAGCUUCCCAACCCGCGGUUUCCUUCAAUCCUAACCUCCUCGCUCCGGGGGUCGGUGCCGGCAACUCGAACAUCCCCGCUCCUGUCCCUGCCCCUAGCAGCGACGACGGCAGCAACGAUGGUUUGGAUGUCGUCACCGCUGCCGAGCAGGAGGCCCAGGAAGGAGGCAGCUCUAUCGACUUCGACUAGAGCGGCCGUCUCGCAAUCAGAGUCAACGAUUUGCCAGAGACUCGCACCCAGAUUUCGCUUGCUACCCGCCGCUCCCUACAAACGAUAAAACCUCACAUACUUCGGGAUUUCGGAUGGCUAAUCUUGGGUUUUUUCUCGUUCAAGUCGUCACCCUCAAGGAGUAAAGAGUUCCGGUUUGCUUCUUCGACUCGCGCAGAUACGACC